AUGUGGCUCAUAUUAUUUUACUUCAAUAUUCUUCUUCUUCUAUUUCCUACUCUUACGAAUACUAAUGGUCAAAAUUUGAUAAAAUUUGAUGCAGAAACUUUAAAUAAAUUACGAUUAACAUCUUCAAAUCUUUUAAAAUCAAUAUCUUAUAUUGAUUUUGAAUUAUUAAAUGAAUAUCAAUGUGCUAUUGAAUGUGUAAAAGAUCAAUCAAUAUGUACAGGUUAUGCAUAUAAUGCAACAAAUAAAAUAUGUUCAUUAUAUGAAGAUUCAACUAAAACUGUUAGUUCGGAUAUUAUUAAAUUACGAGAAGAAAUUAAACCAAAUGUUUGUGACAAAGUUAAAUGUAAACCGGGUGCCAUUUGUGUUGAUUAUGAUAGUAAUGGUAAAAAAGUACCAAGUUGUGUUUGUUUAAAUGGACAAUCAACACCUGAUGAUUGUGAUAAGAUAGAAAAUAAUGUAUGGACAGAUUAUAACGAUUGGUCACCAUGUAGUGUAACAUGUGGUGAAGGUUAUCAAUUUCGUAAACGUGAAUGUUUAUCAUCUAAUGAUAAAACUCGAAAGAUUUCAACUGAUAAUUGUAUUGGGCGAAAUAUAGAAACAAAACCAUGCGAUAUAACAACUUGUCCAGUUUAUGGUACAUGGACACAAUGGACACCAUGUUCAACAUUUUGUGGUAUUGGUUUAAAACAACGUAAUCGUUCAUGUAUUCCACCAGGUUCAAAUUGUGGUAAUUAUACACAUGAACAAAGAGCUUGUGGAGAAGCCAAUUGUCAACGUGUUGCAGGAAUAAAACAAACUGAACCAGAAAAUUAUCCAUUAAAAGGAUAUUUAGCUAUUCGAGAAGGAGAUAUUUUAUGUGUACCACAAAAUAGUUCAGUAAUGGCAAAACAUAUGGCUGAUUUAGUUUGUAAAUCAAUUGGUCUUUCACGUGGUGCACAAUAUGCUUUUCUUAAUCCAAUUCGAUUUAAUUCUACUUGUUAUCCUGGUAUUUUAUGUGAUGGCACAGAAAAAGAUUUUUAUGAUUGCAAAUAUGAUCGAAAAUUAGGAUUAAGCGAUAUAAGUGAAUUAUUUGCAGUUGUUGCAAGAUGUAUCGUCGAUGGUGGAUUUUCAUCAUGGUCGGAUUGGACACAAUGUACAAAAACAUGUGGCACAGGUCAAACAUUUCGUUCUCGUACAUGUACAAAUCCAUCACCAUCAAUACCUGAACCUGAAACAAUGAAUGAUGAUCUUUCAUCAUUAGCUGGAAAGAAUUGUACUGGUGAUUUUCAACAAGUUAAAACUUGUAAUGAUCAACCAUGUUAA